AAUGGAUGCAACUGAUGAUGAUAAAUGUGAUAGAAUUCAAACAUUGAAAAUUGGGGCAUUUAACACACAGAAAAAAGUUAAUAAUACUCUAAUGGAGUUUAUUGAAGAUUUGGAUAAUGACAAUGUUAAAUUUGAUCAACUUUUGGAGAAAAUAGAAGAUCUUAUCGGACCAACCCUCAUCCCACAAAAAUUACAUACUGGAAAAGAUAACUUUAUGAUUCAUGAAAAUUUUCGACAAAUGGAAGAUGACUAUUGGUGUGGCCCUGUUGCAAUUGAAUUAAUCCUCCUUAAGAUGUGGCCAAGUCAUAAUCAAAUUGGCUACCCUAAGAGACUUGGUCUGUUUUUGAUCAAAGCUAAAAGAACAAAUAAUGAUUUGGAAGGUUAUCAUCAAAACCUACUGAGAAAUAGUCCAAUCUUCCCUGAUGACACUGUUGAUUUUGAGCCAAGAAGGAGAAAGUACAUCAUUGUGUUGUUGGUAUUUACAUCAUUUUGUUGGUCUAUGGAAAAAAGAUCUACACCUGAAUGUCUUAAGAAACUAGAAAAAUGCACUAAUGAAUUGAAUAAUUCAAUGUUGAGAACACCUGAUCCAACAGCUCAACAAUUUUGUAACAUGUAUAGCAAUAGUGUCAGAUAUCUAAAAGCAGCGAAAUCUACUGGCUGUGCAGUUCCUAAUUUAAUCCCAUCUGAAAAUGAAAUAGCUAAAUUUUGCAAGAGUAAUUCUAGUGGAGCAUCUAAAAAUCAUCUUGAACUGACAACCCUUUUCUUCAUUUUUGGAUUAAUCAUAAAAUUGGUUAUUGAUGUAGCUUGUACACCAAUUUUUUGA